UGAGCAGUUUAGUUAAAUAAUUUACGAGUGAAUUAAAAUUUAUUUGUGAUGACCAUUAAUCCUAAUAUUAAAAAAUCUCCUAUGGGUGUAAGCCAAAUGCAUAAUUUUGAUAAACAUGAAAUCAAAAUAGAAAAGACUGAUAGCCGAAAAGAACCACCAAACGAUAGCUAUUUUAUAGCUAGCUUACUAUUCUUUUUCACGGGGUUAGCAGGAGCCUUACCAUUACAUUUUUUUUUAGUAGCAAAUGAUUAUUGGAUGUAUAAAUUAAGAGAUCCAGAAUAUGAAACUUACAACUUAAGCGAUAAAACCUACUACCAAAAAAUGUUUACGUCUGUAAGUUUAGCAGUCCAAGGAUUUCCAUGUAUGAUUUCAGCAUAUUUGUCAGCAAAAUUUGCUCUCAAAAUAGAUGUCCGUAAACGAUUCUUGUUUACAUUGGCGAUCAUCAGCUUUCUUUUUGUUAUUUUUACCUCACUAGUAAAAAUAAACACCGAUGGAUGGCAAACUGUGUUUUUUAUAACUUCAGUAACAGUGAUUACUGUCAUUGCAUUAUUUCACCCUUUAUACAACAUAACAAUGAUGGCUCUAUUAUCCACAUUUCCUUCAAAAUAUAUCAAACUAAACAUGUAUGGUUCCGCAAUGGCAGGAAUAUUCAGUUCAUGUCUACAAAUAAUUUCGCUUAGUAUUAGUAACAGUCCGAAAGAUGUCGCCAUGAUUUAUUUUUCUCUUGGAACUGGGAUCAUACUUUUCACAUUAUUUCUCACCUAUGUUAUGAAAUACUCACCUGUAGUGGAAUAUUACUGGAAAGGAGAUCAUGAGGAACAUGUUGUACCAAGCCAUACUUUGAGAGAUUUCAAAAAUGUUGCAUUCAUAAUAUGGCCUCUCUUAAUAAUUUUGGUGUUAACUAAUGGUACAUCUGGAUUGGGACAUCCAAAUAUAACCAGUUUGGUAGUAUCUGAUGGUUACAAUGAUCAUAGAGACAAUUUAUGGUAUAGUAAAUAUUUUGUUCCAACAGUGACAUUUUUGGGAACAGACAUUUUUAGUUUACUAGGAAGAUUUUUUGGACAAGCCUAUAUUACACGGAAAAAUUCGCAUUGGUUCAUUAUUUUAACAGCUGUCAGAUGUUUUGGAAUUGGAUCUUUAUUUUUUUUCUGCAAUGCCCGUCCAAGGAAUUAUUUCCCAGUUCUUUUUCCAUAUGAUUUCGAGUAUAUGAUUAUACUAUACCUGUAUUCAUUUUCAGCGUCUUUUAUAAUGACAACGGUUAUUCUCAGCUCACCAAGAAUGGCAGGUGAUCAAGCUGAAGUGGCUUUUGUUUCGAUUCAAGUAGUAGCUAGUACCACAACAACUCUGACAAGUUUUUUGGAUCCCUUUUAUGUUAAAAUGUUAUGAGUAAAACGUUAGAUUUAUCUAAUUUUAUUAUAUUGUUUGAUAUGUCAUAUUCACCACAUUAAAUAACGUCAGUAGACAAAUUUUAAUUUUCUAAUUAAUGUAUGUUUAUAUUGAAAUAAAGGGUUUUCCGGCGAAAUGAGUAGCUAAAAAAUGUGGUGAGAGCAAGUGGUUAGCGCCUAAUGAAGUAAACCCGAAUGUAUGUCCAGUUAGAUUAUUUAAAAAAAUCAAAAGCAAACGAGGUCCUAAUAUAACAACAGAUAGAAUGUUUUUAACAUGUAAUCCAAGUUGGAACGAAACAGAAUCUUCUUACCAGUAUAAGAAUAUGCCAAUAGGAAGAAAUACAAUACAUAAAUGGACGAAAAAAGCGGCCGCAAAAAUUGGUUUGGAUACAAAACAAUGUAAAAUUACUAACCAUUCAAAUAGAG